AUGACCGGUUCGGUUCUCAGAACCUUGAUUAUUACUCCUUUUUACUCUGUUUUUAGGUCUCACCUGUUGGGGCCACAAGAUAGCGCCGCCGCUGCCACCAUCAUCACCACGAUCCUUCUAUGCUGUUGUGGAAACGAGUCCAUUUCCACAAUGCUUCCGGACUGCUCCCAAGGUUCCUCCCUCGCCGAUCACAGCACCACUCUUCCGCUGACGCAGACGCCGUCGUCGUCACGCGAGAUCUCCCUAAUCGUAACCGGCGACUCCCCCUCCGUUUCUGCGUAUGGGUCGCGCUCAAGUUCGAGAGCCUCGUGGACCAGCAUUCCCGUAACGAGAGCCCUCAUAAGGACCUAUUCCUAUAUGGGUCUUGCUGAAGAAGCCAUUCAGUGUUUUGAUAGAAUGUCUGAGUUCGAUUGUGAGCCUGAUGCUCACGCCUAUAACACUAUCUUGAAGGUUGUGCUCAAGAAAGACUUGUUUGUGUUGGCUUUUUCGCUCUAUAAUGUUAUGCUUAGGUCUAAUUCUUUGCCAGAUGACCACACUUACACUCUCUUGAUUGGUGGAUUCUGUAAGAUUGGAAACUUCAAUGCUGCCCUCGAGAUGCUCGAUGAUAUGAGCAAGAGGGGUGUGCUGCCUGAUGUUAAGACGUAUACGGCUAUUAUUUAUGGCCUCUGUCAGUGGAUGAAGGUUGAUGAGGCGUUUAGGUUGUUUAACACUAUGAAAGAAAAUGGGUGCUUGCCUACUUUGCGCUGUUAUAAUGUCUUGAUUGAUGGGUUUUGCAAGAACGGGAGGACAGAUGAAGCGCUUUCUUUGCUGUCUUUGUUGAGGAAAGAUGGUUUUGCUCUUAAUCUGCAGAGUUACCGUUCUUUGAUAAAUAGCUUCAUUCACGCCAAGAGAUAUAGUGAGGCAUAUGUAUGGUACACCAAGAUGUUUAAGAGGGGAAUUGUGCCGGAUGUUACUUUAUAUGCUAUCAUGAUACGUGGUUUGUCCGAAGAGGGUAGGGUUGGUGAAGCUGCAAAGAUGUUAGAUGAGAUGAUUGGGAUGGGUUUAGUACCAGACGCCUAUUGUUACAAUGCAUUAAUCAAAGGUUUUUGUGACAUAGGUCGUUUGGACCAAGCUAGAUCUCUUCAGCUUGAGGAAUGGAAUGGUUGGAGAGGCACGGGAGAUAUUUAA